AUGUCUCCCAAAUUAAGUGGAAAAGAAUACUUCGAUUUUAAGAACAUAUUUCCUGCAUGUUAUGAUGAUUUUAAUGCUAAUAUAAUUAAUGAUUCGUCUUUCGAUAAUCACACAAUUAAAAAUACUUGUAAUGGUAUUACAAAUCAUUUAAAGAUUAAUCAAAAUACAAGGUCCAUUUUUAAAUCAGAUUGUAGAUAUCUUAUUUUGUAUUUAGAUUAUAUAGAAAAAAAUGAAUUCACUGUUGAUAUAAAAGCAUAUUGUAAAUAUUUUAAUUACAAACUAAAAGAAAUACUAGAAUUAUAUAAAUGCUCUUUCAAAGAUACUAAAAAUGUCUACGAAAAAAUGAUAUCUAUAGGAAAUAAUAGUCAACAUAAAAAAGUAGCUAAUAUAUGUAUAACUGAUUUUGAAGAUCUAGAUGAAGGAAACUUUAACGUUUUGCAUAAACUGAAUGAACUAUAUUAUACAUUUAGAAGUAAGUCUAAUACAUGCAUUUCCAACAGUGAUUGUUUUAAAAGUUAUAUACAAUUAUCGGAUAUAUGUGAUCAAGGAAAAAAUAAGAGUUUAUGUGAAUUAUUAAAUAAAUUUAAAAAGGAAAAUAUGAAAUAUAUGAAGAAUGCAGAAUCAAAAGAAGAAUCUCCUACAGUAUCGUAUCAUUCAUAUGUGAUAUCUGCACGUACUAUUAUUUUAACAUUAUUUAUUAUAUCUUUUACAAUAUUAAUGAUUAUAUUCUUCCUGUAUAAAGUUAAAUAUAAUAUUAACUAUACUUCUUAUAGAUCAUUUUUACAACAAAUACUAUGGAUGUUCAGGAGAACGUUGAAUAAAAAAAAUAAAGAUAACCUCAAAAUAAUGCAUUCAUUUGAAUUAACAUACAAUAAUUUAAUUGAUAAUAAUUAUCAAAUAGAUUAA